AAACAAUUGGGGCAAUGAACUGUCGGACACCCACCUUGCUUGACCCGCCAUCAAUGACGACCUUUUUCCGAACGCGCGCGCCGCUACAGGUCUUGAAUAUGAGCAAUCAGCCGGAGCGCCGAAAGAGUAAACGCAUUGCUGCGGCAGCAAUCUACGACGAACAGGAUGGAGAUUUCCUUUUUACGCGUGGAUCGAAGCGGGCAAAGACUACCGCGACAGACUCGGAGGGCGGGCCUGCCGCAAAAUCACAACCCCCUAGGAAGGAUGCCGGAAGGCAAGCAAAGCCGAGUAGCAGGAAGCGCGCCUCGUCGCCACCUGAGCAGCAGCCCGGGACUGCGUCUUCCGCACCACGGAGGACUUCGAGACGGAUAUCAAACCAGCCAGCCGCUCCGACCGCGCAAGAUGAGGAGCUCGUCGUUCCCAAGAUUCGUGGUACUCAGCGGAGGACGCGUCCGCCGACGGAGGCGGGGAAGAAAGGAAAGGAACCUGAACCGGCAAACGAUCACGAUGACCAUGCCCUUGGCGUUAACGGACACCCUGGGACUCCUAUGGACCUGGACAAGGCAGCACAUGGCGACGACUCGUCAUCACAGAAAAUCGCGCUACCCUUUAGCGACACGCCGAUCAUCAAUCGCAACAGGGAAUUGAGGAGGGGGGGAGGCGGCGCGCGACGCAGCAGCUUGGGAAUGCGCGGGAGACGCGCCAGCUCUCUCAUCGAGAACGGACACAGCGCGAUCCCGCACCGCGAAGUGGACCCGGCCGAGUUCUACAAGCACAUAGAGGCCGAGAGCCUACUCGAGCCGCGCCGCAUGCGGCAGCUGCUGACGUGGUGCGGAGAGCGCGCCCUCUCCGACAAGCCGCCGCACGGGAGCCGCGGGUCCAGCGCAAUCUUGGGUGCGCGGGCAAUACAAGAUCAACUAUUGAAAGAUUUCGGGGCGCGGUCGGAAUUCUCGGAUUGGUUUAGUCGGGAAGACGCGCCGAAGCCAGCCGUGGUCUUGAAGCCUAACCCCAGGAACAUCGAACACGACGAGAAAAUUGCCGAGUUGGAAGCUAAAGUUAAGAGGUUAAAGGAGGAAAAGAAAACAUGGCAAGCGUUGGCAAAACCACUUCCCGACGUGCCUCCUCUCUAUGCUUCCGAUGAUCCGUCUACGGAGCUACCCGAUCUAUCGCUCCUGGACGAGGAAGAAGCCAAGAUGCUGCAAUCCCUUACGGACCCGAGCACUAGUUUCGCACCACUAAGGAAACGGACGCAAGCUCGGCUCCAAGACAUACAAUCAACGCUGGAGUUCAAGGUCGACCAUCUUGCGGAUAGAGUACACAAGCUGGACCAGAUGUCUGUCACUGCCGGGCGACAAGCGGAUACCGUGCUUGGGUUGGCUGCCAAACGACUGAAGGAAAGAGAGACGAAGGAGAAGGCGGCCGUGGGGACGAAGGAGGUACCCGUAAUGGAGGUCCUCCGGAGUCUGGGGCGGAUAUUACCAGAGGGCAGUUGAGCCACGCCUAGCCUGGGGAGGACCUAGGAGGUUGCUAUUAUGUACCAAGACAGGUAGAUACCCAACGCUUUUUUGUUGCUACGGAGCUUGUCAGGUAGGCAUAGGGAGGGGGGUCUUUGGGUUGGGAAUUGUGGGAGUUUGCUCUUCCUACGACAUGAUGAUUUGAGACGAGAGAAAUUGGAGGGGUUUGGGUGUGCUGGGCGUUCUGGGAGCGAAUUAAUCUCGAGCGAUUCUCAACCGGGCUUGCGUGUGUAGAACGAGAUUGGAAGGUGUCCGUUUUGCGGAACGAGGAGACUGUUGGAGAUGGGAGUUUCCUACAAACCUACCUAGUUGUUGUCCAUAGUCGGGUCGAGGGAGACCCUUGUAAAGCCUAUUUGUCAAUCGCAAAUUGUUCCGGC